AUGGAUGAACAAUAUUCAGGUUAUAAUGAGGACACUCGUUGCACUUAUUUCAAUUACCUUACUGAGCUGAGAGAUGUUAUCCUAAAAUCUCCACCCUUUUUGGAAAAUUGGAACGAACUUGAUGGGUUAUGGCAUAGACGAUUUGUACAAGGGGCGGAGAAUGCUAGUAAGAAGAUAGGAUCCAGGCCUUCGAGCAAAAAAUUGCGAAUAUACUGGGAGGAGAUUAUUCAGGAACGAAAAAAGGCUUCCGUAAAACAAGUCGCCUAUUCAGAAAAAGAAAACCUACCACUACCUAAAAGGAUUAAAACGACUAAAAACAAUGUGCUAGAUGUCAAAGUAGCGCUUAAACAAUGUGCUAUAUGUCAAAGUAGCGCUUCAAUAAUUACUCUUUUAUGCUUGGUUCGUGGCGAUACACCCGCAGCAUUACAUGCCAUAACAGUAAAAAUUAGUAAAGAAGAUACUGUCGGCAAACUAAAGGAGAUUCUUAGAGAACAAAUUAAUGCUCCCACGUAUAUUAAAGCGAAAAAUCUCCAACUCUGGAAAAUUGAAAUUCCGGACCAUUGUGACGAUGAAUUAGUUGAUAUUUCUGUCAAAGAUCGAGAUGUACUUUUGGCAACACGUAACAUUGAAGAGUAUUGGACCCAAACACCACCAAAACGACACAUUAAUGUCAUCAUUUUGCCACCUACUGAUAAAGACUAUAUACAGCCUUGUUCACUAAUGAUAGAGUCAAAUAAUCUUGAUUCCAAGCGUCAAAGGAUACUUUGUGAACAAAACAAAAAUAUAAUGGAAAUAUGCAAAAUGCCCUGCCCUUCGGUUGCAUCAUGUCCAAGAAAGUGGGAAAUUUGUAAUAUAAACCCGCUGAAAAUUUUUAAUUUGCGCCCCUCAGAUUGCCGUGGACCACCAGUUGCUCUUUUUCACCCUGUUUUUAGUCAGUUUCUUGUUGAUAAAUGCAACUGCAAAUUGAACGUUCCAGCCGAUCUAUAUAUCCGGGUUUCCGAAUUUAGCAAGAUGGUGGGACAAAUUUAUCAAGACGAAUCCAAACGACAAGAAGCACUUCGCCCUUUUUUUGCUUCAUUAUUUGAUGGAUUUCAGCCAAUAAGUUUUAUCACCGAUAAUGGAGCCAUUAUUGAUGAUGUAUUACUUACUGAUAAUACGAAGUUUGGGGAAAAAGCCGCGCCCGUUAUUUGGGAAUACAAAAAUGAAAUAGGAACAAGUGGCAAAGAUCUUUUAAUUCAAGCAGGAUGUGAAUUCGCAAAAUAUUGGGCUCAAUUUGGAGUCGUUAAAAUUCGCAAGAGUUCUUGCUGCCCAUCUAUCAUUAUAGCCAUUGCGGGACCUUGGAUUUGCAUUCUCGGUGGAAUAUAUCUUGAGAAACCUGUGAUUGAACCACUCACUGACUUUAUCUUUAUGAUUGACCGGCCCGAAGAUGAUGGGAAAAGAGUGGGACAACUUGCCAUAUUUUUUGAGGCAUUACGUCUUGCCUAUCGAACCUUAGAUAAUUAUUAUAAAAACUUAAGUGAGCCUGAUGAAAUUGAAGGCAAGACAAUACAAAGGUUUUUUCCUUACCGUAAUCACUAUCAAGUCGGAGGAAAUGAGGUCAGGUUUAUAUACCUUAAUAAGCUUACUGAGGAACCGGCAAAUUUUGUUUGGAAGGCAGAAACUAAUGAAGGCAAAACUGUCAUUAUUAAGUUCACGAAAAAAAUUCAACAACCACCUCUUGAAAGAAAAACAACAUACUCCACAGCUUUAUUAUUCUGA